AGGCUAACCUGCUAACACAUCUAAUAUGCUCCGUGAAACAGCUUAUAAAUGCCACCAAAAAGAAAAGGACCUUUGCAGCUUGUCCAGAGAGAAGUGGACGAAAUCAAAAAACAGGUUGACAGUCUGUUGAAGGAUGUGCAGAGUCAGGCUGGAUCCACAGAGGAGGCAUUUCGGAGAUGUCAAGAACUGCAGAUGUCUGCAGAAAAAGCAUUAAAUACACUGAAGAAACUGACCAAGGCAGAUGAGCUGGCUCCAGUGGGGAACUAUGAUCAGAGGAAGCAGGAGGAGGAGAGACGCCUGCAGAACAUCUUGGAGCUUGUAAACACCCUCUCUCUGGAGCUUUCACCACCAGGACCCAGUACUGCUGCAGGUGAUGUUUCAAAGGAAGACACAGAGGUGGAGGAUGAUGAUGAGGAUGAUGAUGAAGAGAGUAGCGAUGAUGAUGAUGAUGAUGAUGAUGAUGAAGCCAAUGAUGGAGAUGAGAAGCAAGCUGUGAAAUCUCCGUCUCAGUCAGACUCUCACAUCUACACAGCCCUGAGUGAUUUCAAAGGAGAACAGGAGGGAGAUCUGUCUGUUCAGAGAGGGGAGGUGUUGAGGAUUAUCAGGAAGACGGCAGAUGGAUGGUGGCUGGCUGAGGACGCCAAAGGCAACAGAGGAGUGGUUCCAAAAACCUACCUGAAGCUUGGCUCUGGUGUUGAUGAUGAAGAAGAUGAUGGUGACGAUGAUGAUGAAGAUGAGGAGUCAGAGUCAGAUGGUGACGAACUGGCUGACGACCAAGAGAAACAGGGCACUUCUCCACAUUCCAACUGGAGUACUGUCAAAAAGGCUUUGACUGAGAUUGAUGCAACAGAUGUGCUCUCUGCUAUGGGGGCUAUACCUUCAGGAUUCAGACCAUCAACUCUCAAUAAAUUGCUGGUGGAGGAAGGUAUAACAUACCGAGCAAGUCACUAUAUUCAGCCAGAGCUCAGCCAAUCACAGCUCUCCUUUAGUGACCUCUUCCUGGAUCCAGACACGGGCAGGGUUCGUGCUCGGCAGGUCAGGACUUGUGUUUGUUUCAGUUUGUGGAGCUGCAGGAUGAUUCCUACUCCUGGCGUUGGAGUUCAGGUCCUCAGCAGACACAUCCGCCUCUGUGCCUUUGAUGGAACUCAGGUUUUGAGUAACAUCCACACAGUGAGAGCAUCCUACAACUCCAAGAGCCCCAAAACCUGGAACUUCUCUCCAAGGAUGACAGGUAUCCUACCUGCCCUCCUUGAUGGAGACUGCUUCCUUCGCUGCAACUCUGCAUCUCCUGAUCUCGGUAUCCUCUUUGAACUGGGAGUCACCUUUAUACGCAAUUCUACAGGUGAGAGAGGGGACCUGAGCUGUGGCUGGACUUUCCUCAAACUGACUGAUGACGCUGGAAAUCCACUCCCCAACAGGACCUAUGAGCUGCCAGUGAACGGAGGCACUCCCUAUGAGAAGGAUGUAGCGAUGGAGGCAUCAGUCACCAGAGGAACUCCAGCUGGUGUUUUCCAGCAGAUGCUUCAGGCCAGGCGGCAGCCCAAACUCAUUGUGAAGUUGAAAUCGGCCAACAGCCGGACCAGAACGCAGCUCAGUCUCCUUCCGGACACUCUGCUGCACUCUCUGAGCUGCGUCCACCUGCUGGCUCUACACAGGCAGCUGCUGGCCGACGCACUGCUGAUGGACAGGCCUACCAUGCAGGAUGCAGAUCUGAUAUGCAGUCCUGUACUUUCUACCUUCCCUGUGCUGUUGGACCAACCAGACCUGCUGGAUGCUCUCAGGACUGCCUGGCUGGGUGCUGAGACAAGCAUGAGCAGAGCACAGAAGAGAGACCUGUCCUAUUUAAAACAGGAGUUUGUUAAAGUCUACAUUUCAUCCGUCUACUUCCUCCUCCACUCGCCCUUGCUGCCCUGUCAUCGCUGGGCGGACCCGCCAUCAGAGGAGCAGCGAGCCAGAGUCAUCUACACCACUUUGGAUGCUCUCAAAAACACCCAAAGCAACACCGGCAAAUGUGGAAGCCCAGAGGUCUUUGUCGACCCUGAGCGUCAGCAUCUCGCCUUCGAUAUCACAGAGUUGACCUUUGACCUCCUCCAUGUGGCGCGGUGACAUCAAAUCACUUAGAAGGAAGGUUGAUUAUUUUCAGAGUUCAUUUUAACGUAAAAUCAUGUAAUCAAGUAUAUUCUAGACAUAGGUGUGGUUUAUUUGAUAAACAAAUAAAGCCCUUAAAUGUGCCAUAAACACAUUUUGGAACCAAACUUAAAGAAUAAGGCUGGUGAUAUUUUAUAUUUUUGUAACUGUCAAUAAA